AUGGUUUAUGGCUAUGCACCUGUGAAAAUUGCAUUUGCUAAAACUGCUCAUAUCGAUUACAAAAAAUACCCUUGGGCACCUCGGCAAGAAAGACAAUGGAAUAAAAGACCGAACACUGCAGAACAUUUCCAAGAAGAAGAACAAGUCAACUUAGCAAUAUUCGGUCAUAAGUUGUUACAUGAUGCUCGAAAGAUUACAAAAGAUGAACGGUCCAAAGUUCGUGAAAUGUUAUCUAAAGUAAGAACAGAUACACAAAACGACGUGCAAUACAUAGUCGGAGACCCUGUUUAUCGACUACGACAGAAGAAUAAGAAACAUGAACCCACAUGGGAUGGUCCCUAUACAAUUUCACAACAAGUUGGAAACCACACAUAUAAGAUUAAAACCAAAAACGGAAAGGAAAGCAAAUAUACUAACCAUAGUACAAAGCUAAGACCGGCUUAUGCAGAGCAAGGCUCAGCUAUCCGAACGGCAGCAGAGUACACUAGAGUCUACAACGAUCAGGAACGAAAAUAUUACAUCAAGACACUAGAAGAUAUUAUAAAUGACAAGGUUUUCAAUUGA